GGUGGGCUUCAUGCAUGAUGAUUGAUGAAUCCGCAAUGAGCGUUUGGAAAGCGCCUCACACUCUGCGUCUCUCCAACACCCACGCUCUGUUCGUUAUCAAAUAUCAAAUAUCAAACCCAGCCCUCUUCAUUGAUCCAAUCUAGAGCUACAAAUAAAAUCUUUUUUUUUAUUUUUCUUUUUUUCUUUUUUUCAAACUCUCUCUCUGAAAUAGCACAAUCCAUGGCCAUCCCAGCUGUGCUUGUUGUGAUUCCCUUGGGCAUACUUUUCAUUCUCUCUGGCUUCAUUGUUAAUCUCCUUCAGGCCAUUUUCUUCAUUCUUUUCCGUCCUCUCUCAAAGGGUUUGUAUAGGAGGAUUAACAAAGUGAUUGCAGAAUUGCUUUGGUUAGAACUCAUUUGGCUCAUUGAUUGGUGGGCGGGUAUUAAGGUUGAGGUGUAUACAGAUCCAGAAACGUUUCGUUUAAUGGGUAAAGAACAUGCAUUUCUCAUAUGCAAUCACCGGAGUGAUAUUGAUUGGCUUAUUGGAUGGGUCUUGGCCCAGCGUUCAGGCUGCCUAGGCAGCGCACUUGCUGUCAUGAAGAAGGAAGCCAAAUACCUCCCAGUCAUAGGUUGGUCAAUGUGGUUUUCAGAUUAUGUUUUCCUGGAAAGAAGCUGGGCUAAAGAUGAAAGGACAUUGAAGUCUGGUUUCCAGAGGCUGAAAGAUUUCCCCAUGCCUUUUUGGUUGGCUCUCUUUGUUGAAGGAACACGUUUUACACAGACAAAGCUGGCAGCUGCGCAAGAGUAUGCCGCUUCAAGAGGGUUGCCUGUUCCUAGGAAUGUUUUGAUUCCAAGAACAAAGGGUUUUGUUUCAGCAGUGAGUCAUAUGCGGUCAUUUGUUCCAGCAAUUUAUGAUUGUACACUAGCUGUUCCCAAGAAUGAGCCUUCGCCUACGAUGUUGAGGAUAUUCAAAGGACAAGCUUCUGUGGUGAAAUUGCAAAUUAGGAGACAUCUAAUGAAGGAAUUGCCAGAAACAGAUGAUGGUACUGCACAGUGGUGUAAAGAUGUAUUUGUUACCAAGGACGCAUUACUGGAGAAGUAUAUUGCCAAAGGCACAUUCAGUGACUUAGAAUGUCAAGACAUAGGUCGACCCAAGAAGUCUUUGAUCGUGGUCAUGUCUUGGUCAUGUCUGCUAGUGUAUGGUAUUAUCAAAUUCUUCCAAUGGUCUACUCUGUUAUCAUCAUGGGAAGGGAUAGUAUUUACAGCAACUUUCUUGGUCCUUGUCACAAUUGUGAUGCAAAUCCUCAUUCAGUCUUCGAAGUCAGAAAGAUGUACACAAGUUAACAAGUCACAGUUACAGCAAGACCCAAUGAAGGAGUCUCUUAUUCAGAAAGACGUUAGUCAAUAGUUGGUGCAUGGUAGCUAUAUAUAUAUAUAGUCAGUUUUCACUGUAUCAUCCAUGAAAGAUAAAAGAAUAUAUUGAACUACAACCUGUUUGUGGCUGGGAAAUGUAGCUAUAUUUGGCAAACAGCCGCAUGAGUUUGUUAGUGUUUUAGCCAUUUUCAUCAAGGUGCUUCUUUGGGGCUUGUAUCAUUAGCACUGCCCUUCUGUAUUAAAAUUAAUUUUUUUUAAUUAUUAUCAUUACUAUUUUAAUAAAUGUUACU